AUGGACCGUCUCACCCAGAACCCCGCCGAGCUCCUGAGGAUCGUAAACAUCGCGGUCGGCGGCCUGGCCGUUGCGGGCGGCAUCGGCUCGCUCAUCAACCACUCGUUCUCGUCCAUCAUUAUCGGCAUCUACGAGGUCGCUGCCGGCGGCCUCACGAUCGCGCUCGAGGUGCGGUCGCCCACCGAACACCAGAAGAAGGUCGUGCACGACUAUGCGAGCUUUAUGCACUCGUUCCUUGGCCGCGGUAUCUUCUACCUCCUCCUCGGCGUCCUCAUGCUCAACUACUACACCAUCCUGUACGUGUGCGGCACCAUCGUCGCGUUCGUGGGUGUCGUGUACAUUGCGCUGCAUUUCCUCAACGUCGUCGAGCCGCCCAGCACCAUGCAGGCGCCCGAACGCGACCCCGAGGCGCAGCCCGUGUGGCAGGCUCCCAGCGAGUAA